AAAGGAAACGUAACGCGGCGGUGGCGGGGCUAUCGAUCGACGCGGCCAGUCGGCGCCGGGCCUUCGCGCGGGACGCACGUAUCGCGGCCGCCACCACACACGAAUAACCUCUGACUGUGCUCACUCGCUCCGACCGCGCGGCGGCACACACACCGACAGCUCUCGUUGACCCGGCAGGCGGCGGCCAUCACUGUACAUUUACUAAGGUAAACUAGCCGCCGAACAGUUACUAAAACAAUAUUCAACUAAUUCCGAGUUGAAGGCGUAAAGCAGUAACCGGCAAGAUGGCGGCGUUCGUGGCGAAGCAGAUGGUUGGCAACAAACUCAGUGCUGUUAAAGGGGCAGUGGGUGGUGACGGUGAUGACAGCGACGAUAAGGAAAAGGAGGAGGAAGCAGAACGCGAACGGCAAGAGGCCAUCCGCGAGGCCGAGGAGAGGCGCAAGGAGAAGCACCGCAAGAUGGAGGAGGAGCGCGAGAAGAUGCGCCAGGAGAUCAGGGAUAAGUACAAAAUCCCGAAGAAGGAGGAGGUGGUGGAACAGCAGCAGGCCGAGCCUGACAACCCCCUCAUGAGGAAGAAGAAGACUCCUGAGGAACUCGCGGCUGAAGCGGAGCUUGAAGACCAGGAUGAGUUCACCAAACUCAAAAACACCAUCGAAACGCAAGUGAACGAACUGAAGUCGCAGAUCGAGAGCAAGUGCGUGAUGCAGUGAGCGGCUCCCGACCAUUGUACAACUAUCUGAAUACAUGAUGUAGCUGAGCUAAGGUCAUUGUUACGACGAUGUUUCACACCCUGUAUACACCCCACCACCCACACGAGCCCCGGAUAGCGAACAACAAAACUAACAUUUCGUUCGGACGUAUCAAUCAUUCGCGCUCAACAUUUUUGUAGGAGAGAUUCGAAUUCUAAAUUUUUUCGGAACGUAGUUGGCUAGUGGCGCGUUGGUGCUUGAUAAUAAGCAAUAAUAUUUUUAUACAUUCAUAAAAAAUUUUUGGAAGGCAGCCCUCGAUACAACUGUGAAGCGCGUUUCUGAACGUAUGGUCAAAAAGUCAUUAACUACCGAGCGUCAGAGGAACGCAGUCGUGCACUCGUCAAACAGUUUAUAUGUUGAAGCUUGUGAUAUAUUGUUAUUUAAGUGUAAAGUUGAAAUAAUAUAAAUACAACUAGAACGAACGAUGUAAUCUAUUUAAAAUGGAAGACAAGUUAUUAUAAGAAACUCUAGCACGCGUGUAGACAAUCGAUUACUCGACUAUCCAUCGCCUCCUCUUCUCUAUUUCGCACUUACAUUGAAAUAACAAUGUAUUCGGUCUGUCGGUGUAUUUGUUUCAUCCAAAUUCCACGCUUGUCUGACGGUCUGUCUGUUUCCCGUGGUUUACUACGACUCGCUUGAGCUCUUCCACUUUUGCCUCUAAAUCUUUUGCAUGCGUGCUUAUGCAGUGUUAAUCUAUGUGUCAAUGUAAUUUCUGUUAGGUGUACAUACCUGUAAUCGACCUAGCCUUAAUAUCCACAUCGAAUAUAAUAGGUAAUUGUUAUGGAGGCGCGCGCGCCCGCUGUUGUCCAAUACUUUCUUGCAUGUUUAAUAUAAGACUCAAUGUUCAUUUAGUGUUUAAUGUGUAAAAUGUUGUAGAUAAACAAGUCUCGCGUUGUGUUACCGUCGCGCCGACGAGCGUUGUUCUAAUCUAAUGUUUUAUCGAUGUUUUACGCUUAGGUAUUAAAGUUAAAUAACACAUUGUGGUGUGAGCAAAUUAUUCGAGCGAUUGCACCAAUCGGAGCGGUUAGGGAUGCAGAGUUUGUUAUCGACAGAGUUGUUGUUGAAUAUCUAGUAUUACCAGUGAAAGUCUUAAACAAGAUCGAGCGGCGCACGCACACAGCGGGUCGAUGGGGCAGACUCGAGGGAAGCGCGUAGAGAAGGCAGAUCGUGCUAAUUGUUCGAACAAUGUUGUCCACAUAGUUAUAAAGCUGCAAAUGCAAAAGAUUUGUUAUCGUCAAAAGCUGUGAUAUAUGAAUAUAAUAAACUAAAGCGCGCAAUGCGACGACGCUCGCGCUCUUAGCUUCUUCAAUCUUUCAAUCUUCAAUGUUCGACACGAAACUAUCAUUGUACCUUCUUGUAGAUCGGACCUCUUCGGAUUACAAUCUCUUCAAUCAGCACAUCAUGUAUUUUAUAUAUCUCUGUUAUAUGUUCACACGCGAUGCUCUCUGGCGACCGUAGCUUAGGAAGUUCUCAGUAGACUUGUCUUAUAGAUCUCAUGUGAUAGCUGAAGUGGUACAUAUUAUACAUGUUGCAAGUUACUGACGUCGAUGUUCACCCGUGCACUGUGUCCGUUUACGAUAGUUACGACUCACACAAACGUAGCUGUAUCCAUAGGUUAAUUUGUUCAUUAAGUACAACAAUAAGGACACUGACACCAAACUACAUAGUUUAGUUUAUAUCGAUGGCACAUCACUGACUAGUCGAGUUGUCGACAGUUAGUCGAUACAUCGAUUCGCAACCAGUCGCAUCGCGUGUUAAAUACUAAGAUUAUUUUAGAUACUUCACUUACACACUUGAUGCUUGCUUAUUUUCUUACGUUAUAUGACGUCCUGUCAAUUACACCUACCUUCUCUUCACACAUAUACUAUUCAAUAUACAAACAUGUAAAUAAAAAAAGCAAUAAUUUCAGAUUGUUUAUUGAGAAUGCUACUAUUUUUCUGAAGUAUAAGAAUCGACUAUUUUUCGCACUGUACUGCACUCGAUAUAUUAUCAUAGCUUGUCUCAUAGUCCCUUGUUUGGAGCACGCAUUACGCAUCGCUAACGUAAGGUGGGCAUCACUCCUACGGCCCCGUCCGGCCACGUCACUAGAGUAAGGCGUAAUAUAUACUUAACGUUUCACGAUGUAUGUGUGGUUAGCCUAGGUAUUAAUAUAUAACAUAGUCGUACCGUAUGUGCAUGGCAAAUCUAGCUAAAUGGUUGUAUGUAGACAUUCAAUACAAUAAUAGUCGUUAAGUCUAUUGGACCUGUCUGAUGACCAAGUUUCGACAGAAUCUAUCUUUCUUCAUCCUCUCGUGUGUUAGCUAAUACUAAUCUAUAACCUUUGUCUAUAUCUUCGAUCUAUCGUAGUGUAGUCUGCGUUCUACGUUGUUGACUCUCCAGUAGCUGAUAGUUUAGAUAAAAUGUUAUUUUGGUAUAGAGGAGUGUGGACUUACUGUCACUAAUUUAAAAUUAACGGAACUCGCGGUGGCUGCGCGGGCGCCGGGCCGGCGGCGUGGCGCGGCGCGGCGCACGCGCGGCCCGCGGUAGGUUGCUGCAUGCCGUGUGCGCAGUGUGCUCAGCUCUUGGCGUGUUGGUGUCGUUCUCUACUAAUUAGUCGCGUGCGCGAGUCGAGCUGUGUGUAACGUAACGUAAGUCGCUUCUAUUCUCGUGUAUUUAAGCUUUCGAUGUUCAGUGUAAUAGUUGAUAGUGAUAACGUUGCUUCACUGCGCCACUUCUUCAGGAAUUUGGGUGAUAUCAAAUGGUUGUUGAAUUAUUUUACGUACGUACUACGGCCGUGUUUCUGCCGUCAAUGUUUGCGUUAACGACCGUGGUGAUGUAGCUGUGAACACAUCGAUCUUCGCCCUGUCACCUGUACUCUAACUCUUCACACAACAGUAUAUUAUUGUAUUUCUUUUUUAUAAUAUUAUAGUGAAUUUAUAAAGAGGUUUAUACAAGGUAGACGUGUAGUUUAGACAUAAAGAAAAUAAUUGUAAAAUCAAAAUUUUUGAAAAGAAUAUAAGUAAAUGAUUUCCGUAUAUUGAUCCCGUAGUGUUAAUUUUAAGGAAUCCAAGAUGUCGCGACCAAUUUUUAUAUGUUUUGCCACGAGGAAGUAAUUGAUGUAACAGUUGGAUAUUUUCAAAUCUUAUGACUCUCAUACUCAGGGUAAUAUACUUAUAGUUAUCUGUUCAUAGUAUGAUUUAGAUCGUUUAGCUAUGAAAUGUAUGACUUUUUGGCCUACGAAGGCUUUACUUACCUUUCUUCUAACCUCUUCCUCUAUGUGUGACCCUGACCCAAUCGGUAGAACGUCUUGAUAUUUCACUGUUGUUCUUAAAUCCUUAGAGGAGUUAUGAAAUGGUAGACUAAAUAACAUUUUAUGACAUAACUUGUUAAACUUAUUAAAUAAACUAGCCUAUUGAUAGUUGCACUAGGUAUAAUGUAAGGGGUGGUACGUGAUGGUGCAUUUGUUGGCACGGCCGCUCGCAGGGACACGUGAUAAUACUAAGGCGGGGCAAAUGCAUCAUUAUCUGCGGAGUUACAAAGAGACUGCGCGAGCGCCGGUAGUGCUAUCAUCUGACCAGAGAGAGCAGACACUUUGAACGAGAGAGUUAGUGAGCGAGGCUACACUGUGCAAUACUGUCGUACACUCAAAUGAUAACCCUACCGAUACUCACACAUACAUACUGUUCGUCGCUGGCAGAGACAAACCAGCCGGUCGGUGAUUGCGACAACGUAUAGACAAUUAGAGACAACGACACUGUACCACACACUCAAGAGCUUUUACACUGAAUGCCAAUAUUUGUUUGUUGUUAUCGUUUCAAGCCUCGGCGCAGGAGUUGCAAAGAACUGAUUAUAAAGUGCCACACACAUACAGUAACUGCGCUGACAUGGUUCCACAGACUCUGCGCUGUCGGUGGAACGGUUCGAUGUGAUUCUGAAUAGUUUACAAAUAUAUUCCGUUGUUGUGGAGCGCGGCCAGUAUGGCACUGUCCGCGGCUCGGUUCUUGUUUGUAUAUUAUAGUUAUUGGCCAACACACUAGUUCGUUAGCUUUUAAUAUUAGUGACAUUAUAGUGUUAAAAUUGCAAGUUUACAGAAUGUAUAAAAUUCCAAUGAAACCAUUAAGUACUCAUAUAUGAACGGGGUUCAUAUGUAUGUUGUCUUGUUAUAUUAAAGAAGAAAAGGUUAGUAGUUUAUCCACAAUUAAAUUUAAACUUAGGGAUUAUGGAUGAAUAACGAAAAAGGUUAUUGUUGAAAAAUGUUUUUAGAUAAUUAAAUAAACGGAUUGAGCUUCUGUGACACCUUGUUGUUAACAAUAAGUUAGGUUUGGUUGCAGUGGCCGCCCGCCGCGGCCAUAGUGUCGGCCACCAUAUAUCGGCCAUAAUGUCGGCCAUCGACCUCUGUAACUACUUGGCCAAAUGUACAAUCGGCCGCGCAGGGUGUGGCUAUCUUCUGGCUGUAUACAAACUGCCGUAAUAAACUCUAUUCUUAUAUAAAUAAGGUUAGUUUUCCUUUCACGACUGUAUCACUGUAGGACAUAGACGCUUGUUCGCUACACUUCGUUCGCCAUUACUGUUGCGGAGCAUUGUUAAUAUUUAUUUACAAGGUCCCUAUUAGUUAUUGUAUAAAAGUUUAGAGGUAGCCAUUUUCAUAUAUGUACGUUGAGUUAAAUGUGAAAAUGGUUUACCUAACAUGUUGUUAAAUAAUAAAUAAACUACAUUGUACCACUA